ACUGGAAGGAAAAACAAAUAUGGCACUAACAAUUCUCCAGAAUCAGAUCAUCAUCAUGAGGCUCAAGACCAAACCUAUCUGGAUGAGAAGAUUGCCAUUCCAGAUGUACCAGGAUAUGGUUUCAGUUUUAAGAAGCUCUGGGCUUUCACUGGGCCUGGGUUCCUCAUGAGCAUUGCCUACCUGGAUCCAGGAAACAUUGAAUCAGAUCUUCAAAGCGGAGCCAUCGCUGGCUUUCAGCUGCUCUGGGUCCUUCUCUGGGCUACAAUCCUGGGACUGCUCUGCCAAAGACUAGCCAUCCGGCUCGGGGUAGUUACAGGCAAGGACUUGGGAGAGAUAUGCCAUUACUAUUAUCCGAAGGCCCCACGUGUACUGCUCUGGAUCCUGAUAGAAGCUGCCAUCAUUGGCUCUGACAUGCAGGAAGUGAUUGGGACAGCGAUUGCCUUCAACCUUCUGUCAGGUGGACGCAUUCCUUUGUGGGGUGGUGUCUUGAUCACAAUCGUGGAUGCUUUCUUCUUCCUCUUUUUGGAUAAAUAUGGUCUCAGGAAGCUGGAAGCCUUUUUUGGUCUUCUCAUUACAAUCAUGGCAGUCACAUUUGGCUAUGAGUAUGUAGUGGUGAAGCCCAGCCAGAAAGAGGUGGUGAAGGGGAUCUUCCUUCCCUACUGCAAGGGCUGUGGGGAAAAUGAGCUGAUGCAGGCUGUGGGUAUUAUUGGAGCUAUCAUCAUGCCCCAUAACAUCUACCUGCACUCCUCCCUUGUCAAGACCCGAGAAGUUGAUCGUGGCAACAGACGGGCAGUGAAAGAGGCCAACAUGUACUUCCUGACAGAGUCCACGAUCGCACUCUUUGUCUCUUUUCUCAUAAAUCUCUUUGUCAUGGCCGUGUUUGGGCAAGCCUUUUACCACCAAAGCAGCCAGAAAGUGCAUGAUGUCUGUGUCAAUAACUCCAGUCCAUAUUCUAAGAUAUUUCCACAAAACAACGAGACAGUCUCCGUGGACAUUUUUAAAGGGGGAGUCAUCCUGGGGUGCUACUUUGGGCCCAUUGCUCUCUACAUUUGGGCCAUUGGCAUCCUUGCUGCAGGUCAAAGUUCAACCAUGACUGGGACGUAUGCAGGACAGUUUGUUAUGGAGGGCUUCCUGCAGCUACGAUGGUCCCGCUUUGCCCGUGUGGUCUUCACUCGUGCUUUUGCCAUCCUCCCCACGAUCCUUGUUGCUGCUUUCAAGAAUGUAACAGUUCUGACAGGCCUGAAUGAUACUCUCAAUGUGCUGCAGAGUAUCCUGCUACCUUUUGCUGUCAUACCUGUGCUCACGUUCACCAGCUCACAACCUCUCAUGCAGGACUUCGCCAAUGGCAUCCUUGGGAAGAUUGUGAUGAUCCUGAUCACUGGACUAAUCUGUGCAAUCAACCUCUACUACGUGGUGACAGCUGUCAUUGCUCUGAACUAUUUGGCAUACUACAUUGCCACAGGAUUUGCACUCGCCAUAUAUGUGGCCUUUGUCCUCUACCUGAUUUGGACAUGUCUCAUCUCACAUGGAAUUGCUUCGCUGGCCCGUGGGCCUCACACUCGAUUUGGUUAUGGGCUGCAAUGACAGAACAUCCCUCACACACACACACCAGAUGCUGCUGAAUCACCACACUCCUCUCCUACCAGGUCAGCAAGCAGCCACCCCUCUGGAUCUGUGGUUAGGACAGAAGGUGUCAGAACACUGGCUUCCGCUACCAAGGAUGAACUGAAGCGCAGGCAGCUUGGUUCAGUGGUAGAGCAUAUACUAUGCAAGUGUAAAGUCCCAAGGUCCAUCUUUGGUAUCUCUGGUUAACAAAUCUUGGGAUUCUGAAGAAUUGUGGCAGGUCACCAUAGAUGGUUCUGGGCUAAACAGACCGUUAUCCCAAUUCAGCACAAGGUAGCUACUGACACGGAGGAGACUCUGCUGGAAAGAGGGAGUGACCAUGGAGUGCUUCAAGCUCUUCCACUCUCCUUCAAGCUAUAUGUAGCAAGAAGAACUUGCCCAAUGUGACUUUCAACAAAGGAGCACUGGAGACCAGAGCAUAUGCACACACAUCCCCCCUUAUGGAAUGUCGGCUCUCUUGCCUUUCCCCUCAUGCUGUUGGAACUCCUCUCAGUUCCUAGAAGGAAGAUCCUUGCACAUUCUUCCUCGACCACAUGUCUUGAUGUCAUGGCAUUGUGCCUUUCCCUUUCCUACAGCACUGGUUGCUACUGGAAGGGAAACACAAAAUGCCAGAACAUCAGGUCACAGGUAAGUUGUCUAGAUAUUACAGAUGGGGUGAAGGGGAUCAAAUGCAUGCUUGCCAUUUUGGACAAAAGCUGCAUGCUUAAUGUAACAUGUAGUUCUGGCCUGAAAGCAGAGUGAUUAGAUGGACAGAACCCUGUCCUCUUUUAAUAGUUGCAUCAAGAGGAAUUUCAGGAGAUGCUGCUUGUCAUCCAGAAGAGGGAGAAAAUGCAUCUGCUGAAUGUCUUUAAAUGUGCACAACUAUUGAGGACACACCUGUUUUCUUUACAUCUGGCCACCUCAUGUGACCAAGUAGAUUGUCAGCUUUUAUACUUGUUCCUGCUUCUGUGCCUCUAACAACAGCUUGAUAUGGAGACACCGGCAGAUAGUACAUUUUAUCCCUGUACUGCGAAGGAAUUCACCUAUUGAUCUCUACAGACCAAGCUGCUGUUAGAGGCACAAAGGCCAGCUAGAACAAUUUAAUUUGGGUUGUUGACCACCACGUCAUCUUUUCCUGGAAAGGCUCCUGGAGAUCAAGGGGUUGAUCUAAAAACAGUUCCUUAAAUGCAGGCAGAUAACUUAGAUUUCUCUUUCUCCUACAGCCUCUGGUUUAUCUCUAGGCCUGUGCACUGAUUGUAUCUUCUUUUAAAUUCAGUUAACUGCCUCAUUUUUAACUCUUUAACUGAGUCAAGCAAUGGAAAUAAACACAAGCACCUCAGUAUAAGCUCUG